CUGGUUUUUGGUUUGCUCGUUCUCUCUUUGGUUAUUUGUUUAUUAUUAUUGUUAUUGGUUGUGUAUAUAUUAUAAUAAUAAUUAAUAUUAAUAUUUCUUUUUUUUUGAUAAGGGUGAUGGUUUCUUUCUCUCUCUCCCUUUCUCUUUUUAUUCUCUUUCCACCCUUUAAACAGUAAUGAUUUUCUCGUUACGGGUAUCGUUGUUAAGGAAUCUGAGGAAGAGUUGUGGCUGUUGCUCUGGUUGUGAAAAAGUGGCAGUUGUAGCCUUAAAAAAAACAACAACAAGAACAAGUUAUAGACUGGAGGAGGACGAGAGAACCAGAAGAGGAAUAUUAUUAUUAUUAUUAUUAUUCAUAAUAAUAACAGAACCAUCUCAAGCACACGAGUGUGUCGUUUUUUCAUUCCUUUCAUUGAUGUGAUCUUUGAAAGAGGAAGCAAAGAAACAAAGAAAAAAAGACACACACAUACAUAAUCAUCUCUUUUUCCGGCUUUAUUUACCCAAAAAUCCUUUUUCUUUUCUCUAUUUGGGUUCUGGGAUUUUCUUCUUUUCUUCUCUUUCAUUGAUUUGUAUUCCGGGUUUGGGGUUUGGGACGAAUUUUUCAAUUUUUUUUUUUAUAUAGAUAUUAGAUUUAUAAUCUUUUUUGUUUUGUUUUAUUUUUGGAACUCUAUGUCUCAACCAAGGCAAUUUCAGAUGGUUGGUAGUAACAAUCCGGGGCAAUACAAUGACACAACUUUUACCAAAAUCUUUGUUGGAGGGUUAGCUUGGGAGACUCAAAGGGAUACCAUGAGAAGAUAUUUUGAACAGUUUGGAGAGAUCUUAGAAGCUGUUGUUAUUACAGAUAAAAACACUGGGAGAUCCAAGGGUUAUGGCUUUGUUACAUUUAAGGAUCCAGAGGCAGCCAUUAGAGCAUGUCAAAACCCAUCUCCAGUCAUUGAUGGAAGAAGAGCAAACUGUAACCUUGCCUCUCUUGGUGCACAGAAAACUCGUCCACCAACUCCUCAACAUGGAGGAGCAGGAAGGUUUAGACCAAGCCCUGGAUUAAUGGCUCCACCAGCUUAUCAAGGCUCUACACCAACAUACUUUCACCAACCCACUGCUCAAUAUUCAUUUCCUUAUUCAGCUUAUGGUUACACCGGGUAUUCACAAGACUCAAUGUAUCCCAUGAAUUAUUAUGGUGUCUAUGGAGGUCAACAAUAUCCACCUUAUGUAGCAACCUCUGGGGGCUCUGGGGCAGCUGCCAUGUACCAUAAUUUCUACCCUUUAUAUGCUCAAUAUGCACAGAGUGGCCAAGCUCACCAUGGUUUCAAUGUCCAAUACCCUCAAAUGGUACAAUACCCAUAUUUGCCUCAGCAUUAUGGCUCCACAGGGAUUCUCUCUCUUCCUUCCUCAGCGCCACCAGUGACUUCUACCACUACCCCAGGAACAACUGGAGUGACAGCAAUAGGAACAGCUGUUUCACAAGCCUCGGGAACAGCUUCAGAACAGAACUCAUCAACUUAAAACUUUGGGUGAAGAAAAUCAGAAAAGAAAAGAAAAACAUUGUCUUCUUACAAGGCUAACAUUGGAUAGAGUCAAAAGGGUCAAAGAGAGCAAACAGAAAAGAAAAGAGAAAAACAAAACAAACAAACAAAAAAAGAAAAGAAAAGAAGAUAUACUGAUUGGAAAAGGAUGCUUGGUGAUCAGCUAGCAUAACAAGAGAAAGGAAUCCCAAGUCUCCAUAAUUGGAUUCUUUCAUUCAUGGAACAUGCAUUUUGGGGAUUACUCGUAAAAAGCUUUGCUCAGCUAACCUCAUCAUCUUCAUUGUCACACAUGUUUGCUUUUUUAGAACAAUAGGAAAGUCUUUUUUUUUUUUUUUUUUUAUCAUCCUUAAGUAGUUUUUAGCUUUAGUAGGAUAAGAAGAAUCAUAUUCAUUUUACAUUUUAUGCAUUGGCAUAAGGUAGAAGCUGAAUAUUGGCUUUGGAUUCUACCUUGCAUACUGAUAACUAGAUAAUUAUUAUUAUUUUUUUAUAAUAUUAUUAUUAUUAUGUCUUGGAAGCAUAAAGCAUCCUAGGACAUAUACCCUUUGUUUAUAUUGGUAAGAAUUCAAGGUUCAAAAGAUUGGUUUUAUAUCUUUGAACCACAUUCCUUGUUGGUCAACAAGAGAAAAAAAAGAAAGUGGCAAAGCUUGGACAGCUUUGGCCUGUAACUUGUAAUUUUUUUGUUGGUUCAUUAUUUAUGAUUGAUAAGUCUUUUAGAUAGGAUUUUAGUAAGAAGAUUGAUUGACUGUCUUGUUUAUAUACAUUUAGUCCUUAUUUAUUUAUUUAUUCUUUUUUGUUA